AUGUCAGGAAAAAGACUUCUUUCUCAAGGACAGGCCAGGAUCCACAGGCUUUCAUGAUUCCCCAAACCCUGCUGACUAUUCUGGUCAAGAACUGGACAUCAUGAUGGAUGUUGCCAAUACUGCCGGCCCAGUAAGUGGAGACGAGGCCAUAUUAGCCACUACAGGGUCUGUGGCUGACAGCCUGGAAAAGAUGAAGGCCAUUUAUACCUCCUUCCUGACCAACUCGUAUUGGUCCACACUGAAUCUCAACUUGAGCCAGCCGCCUGCAGAAAAGCCCCCUCGCAGUCACAGCAGCAGCAGUAGCAGCAGCAGCAGCAGCAGCUGUGGAAGUGGAGGCUAUGACUGGCACCAGACAGCUAUGGCCAAAACGCUCCAGCAGGCCUCACAGAACCACCACAACAGACUGGGCAUGGUUCAACAUCCCACAGUAGCUGUAUCCGCCGCAUCUACGGAACCCAGCCUCUUUAGUACCGUCCAGCUGUACCGGCAGAGCUCCAAGCUCUAUGGCUCUAUAUUCACCGGAGCCAGCAAGUUCCGCUGUAAGGACUGUAGUGGGGCAUAUGACACCCUAGUGGGGCUCACCGUGCACAUGAACGAGACAGGCCACUACCGCGAUGAUAACCAUGAGCCGGAUGGUGAGGGUACUAAACGUUGGUCUAAACCAAGAAAGCGGUCCUUGCUAGAGAUGGAGGGGAAGGAAGACGCACAGAAAGUUCUCAAGUGCAUGUACUGUGGGCACUCCUUUGAAUCCCUGCAGGACCUAAGUGUCCACAUGAUUAAGACAAAACACUACCAGAAAGUGCCUCUGAAAGAGCCUGUUACACCAGUGGCCGCUAAGAUUAUUUCCUCGGCUCGAAAGAGAGUCCCCAUGGACCUUGACAUCCCAAGCUCCCCAGACUCUAAUGGAGAAACCACACCCAAACCAACCUCCUUCAAUGACUCCAAUGAUAUACUCCAGAAAGGUACCAAUCCUUACAUCACACCUAACAACCGCUAUGGACACCAGAACGGUGCCAGCUAUGCCUGGCAGUUUGAAUCCAGGAAGUCCCAGAUCCUCAAAUGCAUGGAGUGUGGUAGCUCUCAUGACACACUACAAGAGCUCACUGCUCAUAUGAUGGUGACUGGACACUUUAUCAAAGUCACCAACUCUGCUAUUAAGAAAGGCAAGCCCAUUAUCGAAUCGUCCACCCCAACCCCCAAACCCAAUUUAACAGCUGAAGAAAAGUUCCAGUCCGUUCCCUUGGCUGCCACAACAUUCUCCCCUCCACCUGCUCCAGUUCCUCCUCCAACCAGCAUUUCCCCUAGUGCCAUGGUUGUGGAGAUUAAAAAGGAAGAGAAGGAGGAGGAAUGCACGAAAGAGUCCAUCAUCAACAAUGGUAAUCUAAAGGAGAAAAAGACAGGAUGUGAGGAGGAGGCUGAGGUGAAGUUUGAUAUUUCUUCAAAAUACUCUUAUCUUACUGAGGAAGAUCUGGAGGAAAGUCCAAAAGGUGGUCUUGACAUCCUCAAGUCCUUGGAGAACACAGUCACCUCAGCCAUAAACAAAGCCCAGAAUGGAGCUCCAAGUUGGGGUGGAUAUCCAAGUAUCCAUGCUGCUUACCAGCUGCCAAACAUAAUGAAGCUCUCGCUUGGCAACACUGGGAAGAGCUCUUCCCUCAAAUACAUGUUCCAAGGAGGGGAGAUUCUCUCUCCUACUGGUAAGGUGCAGCCCCUAAUCUCCCCUCCUAGUCGCCAGAACUCCCCUCUACCCAAAAACAACUUCCAUGCGAUGGAGGAACUGGUCAAGAAAGUGUCAGAGAAAGUGGUCAAGGUAGAGCAAAAAAAUAGAGAGCCCAGUGGUGUUGUUAGGGGAUCUCCACUGAGACGUACCACGCCGUCACCCUGCAACAGCGAGACAGGGGACUCAGCACGAGGAGAGUCGCCCAAAGACAAUAGAGUAGGCAGCUGUAAAACUCCAGAGAAUACAAGUGGGGCGGAAAAAGCUGUAGGUGAUGGGAGUGGAGCCAAUCACAGAGAUUCAAAUGGCGAUAUUUCUAUAAAGGAGUCUGUGGAGAAUGGAGUGGAGUACACUGCUGUGACAUCCCCCCUGCCGGCCUCUCUGUGUGGCAGUACAGCUAUCAUCACAGACCAUCCUCCUCCAGAACAGCCAUUCGUCAACCCCCUCAGUGCACUGCAAUCAGUAAUGAACGUCCACCUGGGGAAGGCCGCUAAGCCCGCCCUGCCCUCCCUUGACCCCAUGAGCAUGCUGUUCAAGAUGAGCAACAGUCUGGCAGAGAAAGCAGCAGUGGCUGCUUCCACCGCACCAGCACAGACCAAAAAGACCAGCAAUGACCGCUUAGACCGCUACUUCUACCAGCAACAUCUAAACAACGACCAACCCAUAGACCUAACUAAAGGAAAAAAUGCAGACAAAAACAACAGUGGUGGCUCUUUGAGCUCAACGGCUCUCUCAUCCACCACCACCACUCCGUCUUCAAUUUCUCCCUCCUCCGCUGUCACUAUGACCAAAGCCUCAGCUGCAGUAGCUUCCUUUAUGUCCAGCUCCCCUUUGAGGGAAAACGCAUUGUCAGACAUCUCCGACAUGUUGAGGAACCUGACGGAAAGUCAAGCUGUCUCCAAGUCCUCCACACCGACCAGCCUGUCCGAGCGCUCAGACGUUGAAGGUAUCACUCAAGAGGAAAUAGAGGAUAUUUCUCCAGCCCAGAAACGGAAAGGCCGGCAGUCCAAUUGGAACCCUCAACACCUCCUAAUCUUACAAGCCCAGUUUGCCGCCAGUCUCAGACAAACAAGUGAUGGAAAAUACAUGAUGUCAGACCUGAGCCCACAGGAAAGAAUGCACAUCUCCCGUUUCACUGGCCUCUCAAUGACCACAAUAUCCCACUGGUUGGCUAAUGUCAAGUACCAGCUAAGGAGAACCGGUGGCACCAAGUUCUUGAAGAACUUGGAUUCAGGUCACCCAGUGUUCUUCUGCAGCGACUGCGCCUCUCAGAUCCGCUCACCGUCCACCUACGUCAGCCACUUGGAAUCCCACUUGGGCUUCCGUCUGAGAGACCUGGCCAAGCUUUCUGGGGAGCAGCUGCUCAGCCAGAUUUCGCAACAACAUCAUCAACAACGCUACACCAAAGGACUGUCUGAAAAGCUGCUCUCAAAUCUUAACCCAUCCAGCCACCCUUUACCCUCCUCUCUACCCAUUUCCCUGGCCUCAUCCUUGACCACUUCUCUGCCCUCAACUGAAUCCCCGUCACCCUCUCCCGACGACGACGACAGCGGGGCUGUGUACCAAUGCAAGCUCUGCAACCGGACUUUUGCGAGCAAGCAUGCGGUCAAGCUUCACCUCAGCAAGACUCAUGGAAAGUCCCCCGAGGACCAUCUCAUGUACGUGUGUGAGCCGGAGAAACAGUAGCACCUGCUGGGGACGAUGCUGUGUUCUUUUGUAAUGGCUGACUCUUUCUUGCUCUGUUUCUCUUAAGCUUUUCAAAGACAAUUCUUUUGAAGAAAAGAAAGGAUUAUUAACGUGAUGGAACUGCACAAAGAUGCCAUACAACUACUGUUUUAGGUUUUGGCACAUGGUUUCACAUUUUUUUUGUUGUAGCAGUCAAUGUUUUUUUUCUUUUCUUGCUGAGUAAGAGUCUCACUCUUGCACAAGACACUCAAUUUUAGUGAUCCUGCUUUGACGGGAAUAGAGUAAUUUUUUUUUCUUCGAAUUGUGUCAUUGAGAAAAUAAAGUAUAUGAAGGUUUUAAAAAAAAGAUUCUAAAAUGAAGUGGCGUGUAUUUUGAAACUUGUAUAAAUGAAAUUAAGUUCCUUUAUAUUUUGACAUCACUGGGAUGUGAUAAGCUGCAUGCAUAAAUGAAACUGUUUAGUUAAACAUUUUAUAACUAAAUCUGGGUGCACUUUUCAUGAUUUACUUUUGUUUUUGAUUUUUUAUUCCACUCUUCCGCUCGUUCUCUCUCUCCUUGUUUUGCUUUGUGCUGGAGUCAGCAUUUAGAUUUUAACCCUCUGAGUACGUCAAAGCACUUCUACACCUAAGAUCCAAAAACAAUUGAAUCAAGAUUUGAGAAUGGGAAUUAUUGAAGCUAUUGUGAGAAUUGGAUUAACAAUGUACAUUUUGUCUACAAUGCCUGUUUCUGAGAUUAACAGUAUGUUGAUUCUAAUCUCUAGACAUAAAGAGAUCCUCUAUUCAGAGCAAGGUUUUCAUAUUGAGCUUAAUAUUUGUUUAAGAUAUGUUUGCCAGACUUGACACAAGCAUUGUAGCUGUGUGGUGAAAAAAUAAGAAAAAGAAAUAAAUCUGCAGUCAUUUACUUUGGUCGAUCAGGGACCUAUAUUAAUUCAGGUCUGUGUAAAAUAUGUACAUAAACACAUUAACUAAUUCCUGUCUAAAUUAUGCAUCAUUUUUAUAUUUUUUAAUUUAAACGGAUUGUGACUGGUCUGCUGGUGCACAGUAUAUGAAGACAUGAAUAAAAUUGUUUUGCACAAUAAUUUUCUAAAUGUGUUAUUUAAUGAAACAAUAAGAAAAAAAGAUACUGUAGCAAAAAGAGGUGAAUCUUUUUAUUCCCAACUCGUGCUCAAAGGGUUAAAGACUCUUUUUACCAGACACUACUCUACGCUGUAUGAACACUAAAAAAAGAUAUUACAGGUUGUACAAAAAAGAUGUUAGUUUAUAAAGAUAUUUCACAUGUAAACUGUUAUUUAUAAGCACUCUUGGUUGUUUCAUAUUGUUGAAUGCCUUUUCGAUUGGUCCUAUUUUUUGUUCUGUCUAAUUACUCUGCCACGAUUCCACAUUGCAGCUUUAUCUUUUUGGGACAUGAAAGGUAACCAUGGUUACACUUAUCUCCUGAGUGACAAGUUCUGCUACAAUUUUGGCAGUUCAUCUGCUGAAGUAACUGACAGCUGCCAGGGUAGAGAAAUAAUUAAAAAAAAUAAUCCUUAUGUGUAAAAUAUCGGCAUGUAAACAGCACAGAUACUGUAAUGCAUUCUGUGCCGUGAGUCUUUUUAUUUUGUUUUUUUCGUUUUCUGUUGUUGUUCUUGACAAUGAACCCCCCAUUAUAUGACUUCAUAUAACCUUGUUUUCUACUGCAGCAUUAAAAAAAAGAAACUGUUUUUUGCAA